CACAAAACACUCAGAAAAGAAGACAAAAAUGAAGUGGAGGGAAAGCUAUCUAGACAUCGUUCUGGUUCCUCUGGGGAUUCUCAUGUCCAUAGCUUACCAUUGCUGGUUGUGGCAUAAGGUUCGAACCCAGCCCAACUCCACCGUGAUCGGUACAAACACCACCGCACGACGCUUCUGGGUCUUGGCUGUGAUGAAGGACAAUGACAAAAAGAAUGUCUUCGUUGUCCAAUCAUUACGGAACACAAUCAUGGGAUCGACACUCAUGGCCACCUCCUGCAUCUUCCUCACCGCAGGCCUAGCAGCCAUCCUCAGCAGCACAUACGCAGUCAAGAAGCCGCUGAACGACUCUGCGUUAGGCUCCCACGGAGAAUUCGCGGCGGCACUCAAGUACGUGACUGUGCUCUGUUUUUUGGUCUUUUCCUUCUUCUGCCACACCCUCUCCAUCCGCUUCAUAAACCAAGCCACCUUCCACAUCAACCUUCCUCCUAAUCCCAUCUCCAUCGCCAACCCGGCGUACGGCACGGAGCUCCUACAGACGGGAUUCCUCCUCAACACCGUGGGCAACCGGCUUUUCUACACAGCUCUGCCUCUUCUCCUCUGGAUUUUUGGGCCACUGACGGUAUUCUUCGGUUUUGCCAUCAUGCUACCAGCGCUCUACAAUUUAGACUUUUUAUUGCCUUUAAAAAAUGGAGUUGUUUCGGCGGCUAUGUGAACGUGGUGAUUAAUUAGUAACGCCGAUCUUCUUCUUCAAUGGGGCUGCGCACUUUUAACCCAAUAUUUUAUAAGUAUUUACCAUGAAAUUAAUUUUAAUUAAUAUU